AUGAGCAUCCAAAUUUCAUUCUUAUUUUGUAUAUGCAUUGCUGUGGCUGUUCCACUAGUGGCUUUGGCUACAUCGAAUCAUCAAGUAGAAGAAGGUAUGGUUGACAAUUUUAACGGCAUCGACCGGUUCGAAGAGACACGUCAUCGUGGCCAACAGCCUCACCAUUCUCUCUCCCAAGAUGAUGGAUCAAGCGAAAAUGAGCAUUUUCUUUUAAAGAAAGCCGCUGAUUUCGAACAAAUUCUAAAGCCCUGCAACAAAAUACCAGCCAGCGGUCGUGGUCAAGAAUAUGCUGAUUGUGUUCGCAAUCGUAUGUUAUUGAUGGGCAGACGAAAACGUCGUCAAGCGGUCUAA